UUAUAUAACAACAGGCUUCGAUUUUCUGAGUCAUUCAGUUGCCGGUCGUCCAAGCUCGCGGAAAACAACGUUUGAUGUUUAUUUCAUGAAUUUUCGACUUGGCCGCGCGUUUAUUUUUUAUCGUACUUUCUAUCGGUUGGGUUUAGUGAACUUGAACCUUGGCCGAGCGCAACUUUGCCAACUCCUUGUUUUAGAGUGAAUUUUUGCGUUUUCCAGCCGGCGAAAAUGAACGGCAUGCUCCGAAUUAUUUCGAACUUUAAGGAGUUCUACAACGACAUCAACGGUGCCACUUUGACCGGUGCCAUAGAUGUGAUUGUGGUGGAACAACCCGAUGGAAGCUACAAUUGUUCGCCUUUUCAUGUCCGUUUUGGAAAAUUGGGCGUGCUGAGAAGCAAAGAAAAAGUGGUGGAUGUGGAAGUCAAUGGCGAACCAUUAGGUGUUUACAUGAAACUGGGAGAGAGUGGAGAAGCGUUUUUCGUUGAAGAAUUGGAGGAUGACGAGGACAACGACAUCCCGGAGCACUUGGCCACUUCGCCCAUUCCGGUUUCAGAAAUUGAGAACAUUUUCAAAGCACAGGGUCGCAGACGGAGCUUCAAUCUCGACGAAAUCGACUUGAAUCUCAACCCAUCAAAUUCGUAUGAGAAAAGGCGGCACACGGCAGACAAUCAACUGGCCAAUAGUAGGGCUCAUUUGGAAAGGGAUUUCCUCAAAAGACAGAUCGUCUUAGGCAACAUUGAUGGGGCAUCUGCGGAAGAUGUGACCUACUCUCUAACCACUGUGUCCAGACGAAGCGACGAAGACGAUCUAAGUCCCAGUCAGAACGACGUUUCGGAAACCAUCUUCAAAAUGGACAGUCUUGAUGAGCCGGUGAGCAAAGACGAGAAACCAUCCGAAGUACCAGUGGCAGUGGUGCAAGCAAAGGACACCAGCCCCAAAGAGGCUCCAGUAGAGAGCAAAAGCAGCAAAAAGAAGCGCAAAAAAAUGCGCAAGAAGAACGCGCCUCGAAAGACAUCAAGCAACAACAACGUAUUGCCGAGUCCUAGCACCGAGAAUCUCGAGCGUACAAGCGAAUCAACCACUGACCGAAGUUCUUUGGACAGCAACUGUUCGGAGGCGGAGCUUAAAGAUUUGCAGCCGAAAAAUGACAAACCUAUGAAAGAGCCCAGCGAAGCUCCAACCCAAACGGAUACGUCCAACAUUAAAAAAGUGGACGCAGACUUUCACUUCUUCAGCGACACGGAACUGACCACGGGCAACUCAGAGUCACGAUCUGCUUCGCCAGUCAAUAUAGAGUCUGUGCAAUCUGAUUCGGAAAUUGAAAUGAAACUCCGAGUGAAAGAAGUUUCAGAGGAAGGAAAAGAGCCGGCCAAAAGUUGGGAAUGGGGCGGUUUUCCCAGCGUCUCUCAGGCCGAUUCUCCCGCCAACGACGAAACCACCAAAGAAGAUCAAAAGUCGAUGCUGAGCAGCAUGUUUUCGUUUAUGAAGUCGAAACACAGCGCUUCGAAUCGUUAUACUGAAGACGGCAUUUAUCUGUCCGAUAUUGCCAGCGGUAUGGUUGACCAGGAGGUGGCCGAUAUCUAUUUCAGGCAAAAGAAGGAUCAGGCUGCAGAAGAUAUCGACAUGGAUUGUGAAUCAGGCAAUGGACCGUCGUUGACUCAGAGUCCUAACAGUCCCGAAGGCUGCAAGAGCAUAGAUUCGGAUUUCGACGAGCAAACCAAAUUAGUUCAAACUCAUUCGCAAGACAUAACGCUAUCGCUGUGCGGAUGGGAGCCAAACCUGUCCUCAGAACGUUUCAACGAGCACAUGAUUUCGUACACCGAUUUCUGCAACAAUUGCGCCAUACUGGACGACCCGAAACUGGUGGCAAAGAUCAGCGGAAAGUACUACAGUUGGAAAGUGGCCGCAUCUAUGCUAGUUAGUAUUAUGUGCUUUGGAAGACCGCUUAUUCCGGCAUGCGUCGAUCAGCUUUGCAAUAAUUAUAUGGCCGCACCGGAUGCAAAGGAGAAGUCGAUACGGGAGGAGAAGAACCAGCCCAAUAAAUCCUCCUGGUGGCAUUGGCGAAGAUCGUCGCGUGAAACAACUCCGGCCAAAGAUGUGGGGAGCAGUUCCAAGACGGUGGAAGCUGAAAAAACCGGCCCAGACUUGGUGUUGGAACCUGCUCAAAAUGUUAAGGAUUUGGGGGAGAUUCAAGAAGACUUCGAACAACCCCUAGAAGGUGCACAAGCUGCUUCGAAAGAAGAAGAGAUGCAAAUUAAGAUCAGGACGGAGUCUCCAAAGUGCUCGGACAAGUUCAGGAAAACUCUUCGUCUAAGUUCAAAGCAAAUAGCAUCAUUGAAUCUUCGUGAUGGCAUGAACGAGGUGGAAUUCAGCGUAACUACCGCAUAUCAGGGUACCACCCGAUGCCAAUGCCAUUUAUACAAAUGGAAGUGGGAUGAUAAAAUCGUUAUUUCGGAUAUCGAUGGAACAAUAACAAAAUCGGACGUCUUGGGCCAUCUUCUCCCUAUAGUAGGCAAAGAUUGGGCGCAGUCUGGAGUGGCGCAGCUCUUCAACAAAAUUAAAGACAACGGCUACAAGUUACUGUAUUUGAGUGCCAGAGCAAUUGGCCAAGCGAGGACUACGCGAGAAUACUUGAGGUCUAUCAAGCAGGGCGAUAUGAGCAUGCCGGAUGGACCAAUCCUGCUCAAUCCCACGUCCUUAAUCACCGCUUUCCAUAGGGAAGUGAUCGAGAAAAAACCCGAGGCGUUUAAAAUUUCCUGCAUGUCAGACAUUAAAGCGCUAUUUCCUUCGGACUUGGAACCAUUCUAUGCCGGAUAUGGAAACAGAAUUAAUGAUGUGUGGGCCUACCGGGCCGUUGGCAUUCCAAUUCACCGGAUUUUCACCAUCAACUCAAAGGGCGAGCUGAAGCACGAACUCACCCGAACCUUCCAGUCCAGCUACACCAACAUGAGUAUCAUCGUGGACCAGAUGUUCCCGUCUCGUGUAGAAGCUGCCAAUGACUACUCUCAGUUCAACUAUUGGAGGGAACCGGUGCCAGAUCUGGAGCUCCUGCUCUAGAUGCAGUAAAAGGUACUGAUUUUCUGCACGUGCUUAAACGCUUAGACAAAGCGACAAAAGAUUUGUCAAAAAUCUACCCGAGCAUUUAGAAUUCGAUGUAACAACUUUAUGGGCAUUAUGCGCAUUUAUCUAUGUAUUAUUUAUUUCGCAACGCUCGACUCAUUGUCGCUUUAGAUGUUGUGUAUGUAGAUGGAACUUUAAAUGUAAACAGCACUUUAUUCCUCGCCCUAUAUUAAAGAGUUUAGCAUAAGGGUUGCAAAAAUUAGGAGUUAUUCAAAGUGAUUCAAUUUUUGCCUCGACUGCAGUGUGAGCUAAAACUUUACGUAUCUAAAAUAUUGCAGAAUUAUUUGACUGUUUACCCUUUCCAUCGGUUACAAAGUCUCAACAAAGAUGGUUGUGAAACAUUUCACAAUUUGGUUAAAAAAAUUAUUCAGCUGAUCAAAAUCCUGCGACAUGGUAUAAUCGAUAGGAGUUUUCCGUUCCCACAAAAUAAACUGUUUGGAAUUAAGGUAAUACAGAAUUUAUGUUUCAUCAUUUAAAACAGACGUUUUAAAUGCGCACUUUCUAACCCAUCGUA